AUGAUCCCAAGCAGUGCGAAUAUCCUGGAAGGACCCUUGCGUACCAAAGAAUUGAAACUACUACCAGGAAAGGAGCGGGUGGGUAUAGCCUGGUCGUACCCCAACUGCCGAGCACAACGCGAUAACCUUAAGUCACGUUCGGCGUGCUCUGCAGCAGAGAUAGACUCGACGAACUUGGGCAAUAAGGUAAGCCACCAUGAAGGACCAGCUAUUUUCGUCCCUACAGAGAGAAAAUGGACCUCGGAUCAGCUACAGCUUCUUCUCAGACUCUCAAAGCGCUUAUUGCAUAAAGGGGGGGAUACGUGGUCUUCUUGCCACUCUAUUAAGGAAGCACAUCUUCAACUAGAAAUCGGGUUCACCCCGGCUGUGACUAAGAAAUACGCUGCUUGGAUCUUUGCACGACUAGGCUCUUUUCCUUCUGCCUGUACUUUGAAUUAUGCCGUUUUUCCGUCGAUUACGGGAUUUCCUGAGUUGAUGAAUUUCUUUUUUAGAAUCCCGUGCAAACGAAAAAGAAAGAAAAGGAAAGAAGCGAAGCGAAGUGAAGAAAAGAUCGCCACUCCUAGCCGCAUGCUCCAGAUCACCGCCUUCACGGAUUCCUGCAAACCGGGAGAGUCACAUUCACCGAGCAACAAGCCAGAGAGGCUCGAUUCCCUUUGGACUGGAACCAGCUUGCCAGCCCCGUUUUUCAGUUGUAGCACCUCGAAGAGAGAAAAAAGCGCACCAAAUCACUUCCACGAGUUAGCUCUGAACGCUGGCCGGCAUGAGAAUACUUUUCGGGCGACGGGGAUGGGGGAAAGGUUACUCUAUUUCGCUUCGCAAUUCAGAAAGCUAAGCCCCUUCCUAGCCCCGGAUCUCGGGACUACUUGCCCAGUUAACAAGCAGCCCCACUUUGAGGCAUUUGUCCUUCCAGAACAGCACUUUUUGCAGAAUCUUGUCUGCCAUGAAUGUUGA